AAAUGAUGCAGUAUCUGAUUGAAUGUCAUCUCCGAUUGUCGACCAGGAACCGAUAAGUCGGAAGCGCACUAUGCAAUUGAGUUCCGAAGUCCGUCCAGUACAUAAGCAGCAAGUUUCCAUCGGGUUAUCGCCAGAGGCACAUUCUUCCCUGUGCUCUCCCUUCUCUGCUCUUCGCAGUCAGCCAUGCCGCAAGACCAGCAGAUCGACGCUGCCGUCGCACAAGUCACUAUGCCCGAUGUCGCGAUCCUCACCUCCACCGAAUAUUCCGACAACCGCCACGAGAAACGCGACUCUAGCUACGACGAGAAGGGCUCGGAGUUAGAUGUCGAGAAGGGGGCAGAGCCGGCCGCCCAUGGAGACGAUGUGGUGGAUGUCAAAGGCGAUGACGAUGAUCCCGCGUAUGCCUCACUCCCUCGCAUCGUUCGCGAGCUCUGCGACUACGAGGAUAAUCCAUCUACUCCCGUUCUCACUUGGCGGUUCUAUGUCCUUUCCGCGGUGUUCACGGCACUGGGUGCAUGGCUCACGCAGAUGGGUUUCUUUCGGACGACCUAUGUCCCUUACUCCAUCUACUUUGUUCAGAUAGCCAGUCUCUACUUCGGAAAGUUAUUCGCAUCGGCUUUCCCUGCAAAGCAGGUCGGCUUCGGUAAAUGGACCUUCAACUUGAACCCUGGUCCCUUCUCCAUUAAGGAGCAUGUCGCCGUUGUCCUUGCCGCGAACACUGGCGCAACAAACAACCUCGGGGACUAUGUCCUAUCCCCAUUAGCUGUGUAUUACAACCGGCCGAUGAAUGGAUGGCUCGCUAUCCUAUUCAUGUGGAGUUGUGUCUUCAUUGGCUUCUCGCUCGCGACGCUGUGCCGAAGUUUUCUCAUCGAUAAUCCUAACACGAUGUUUCCUCUCACGCUCCAGCAAGUCUCUGUGUUCAACGCCAUGCGCUCCAGUUUCGAGAUGAACAGCGCCACCGCAAAGAAGCAGAUGCGCGUGUUCUGGUACGGAAUUCUGAUCUUUUUCCUUUGGGAGUUCUUGCCCGAGUAUAUCUUCCCGUUCACUUCGUCGCUCGCGUUCCUGUGCUGGAUAACGGACGAUCCCAUCGCGAACUUCCUCGGAUCGGGUCUCGGCGGCGCGGGUCUUCUCAACUUCACGCUCGACUGGUCCAACAUCGGAUCCUCACUCAUCUACUACCCAUUCUGGGCCCAGGCCAAUACUUUUGCGGCCUUCGUCAUUGGCGCAUGGAUCCUCGUGCCGAUCGGCGCGAUCAAUGGCAAGUGGGAUGAUGCGCUGUAUCCCAUGCAGAGCCAGUUAUUGUAUCUUACGAACGGCUCUCGCUACCCUACUUCCAAGCUUAUGAACCCUGACUACACGCUGAACGAAGCGUUGUUCGCGGAGAUUGGUGCGCCCAAGAUGAGCGCUCAACUGCGUUGGGGAUAUUUCUUCUCCUACGUUGCAUAUCUCGGCUCUUUCAUGUCGUUGGUCCUCUUCCAGGGUCCGCUGCUGAUGAAAACAUACCGCUCGUUACGUGCGGGCAAACGGCAAUCCGAUGACAAGCUGUGCCAGCUCAUGGAGGUCUACCCCACUGUUCCCAUCUGGUGGAAUCUAGUCCUGUUUUUCGUUCCUGCCGCCAUCAUCAUCGCACUCGCUGCCACUGGCGAGCUGUAUCUCCCGUUGUAUACUGUGUUCGUUGCGUUCGGCUUCGGUAUCGUGAUCGUGAUUCCUAUGGCGUAUAUCUAUGCGGUCUCCGGGUACCAAGUUCCCGUCGGAUAUUUCAACGAACUGCUUUAUGGUUAUCUCAUCAACGCGGGUGGCUCUCGUCACCCAGUUGGGUCUCUUUCGUACCGCACGAUUUCCGGGCAAUGUUGGUACGAAGCCUGCAGCAUGCUCUCGGAUAUGAAGCUGGGACAUUACUUCCACAUUCCGCCUCGUGCUACACUGAUUGCUCAGAUAUGGGGUAUCCUCGUUGGUGUCCCUAUCAACUACGCCACCAUUCUUUGGAUUGUCAACACAAAGGGCCAUUUCCUCGAUGGCUCUGCGAUUGAUCCAAACAACCAGUGGACCGGUUCGACAGUCAUCUCCCUCAACAACCAGGGCAUUUCAUUCGCUCUUGUCGGGCCGAAGAAAUUAUUUAACGACCCGAUGUACUCCAUCCUUCCGUAUGGCUUCCUUGUUGGGGCAACCGUGCCGGUCAUUCUCUGGCUGCUCCACCGACGGUUCCCCAAGGCCCGCUUUGACCUGUGGAAUGUUCCCAUCUUUGCAUCAACAAUGGAGAACUUCUACGGCUACCUCUCCAACUACGUACUCACGUGGUUUGUUCUUGGCGCGAUCAACCACCUGUACCUGAAGAAGUACAAGUAUCAGAUGUGGAAGACGUAUGCAUACAUCGCGGGUGCUGCAGCCGACACAGGAUACAACUUGAACAUGCUGAUCCUGUUCAUUGCCUUCUCUGCGGUCAAGGUCACGCCGGCGCCCAAGUGGUGGGGAAAUAAUGCGGUUUCGGUCGAGAGGUGUUUCCCGAAGGGCGGCGGAUACUUCUAAAUUACCAUCGAAAUUCUUAUAAAUCAUGAAACAUAAUGCUCGACCCCUAUUUACACACGAGUAACACGCAAUGAACAAGCUCACACAUGCGAUUGUCCUGUAUGCAGUCUCCUGAACGGAGUAUCUAUCGGCACAUAACAAGUAGUAACUUACUGUACCCCUACUGAUGCAGUCCCAUUGGAAACAUGAACAGGUUUGUUAAACAUUCCAUACUACGCAGUCAAAAUUCUGUACACUAACAGCGCAUCAUUUCGAGCACACAGGCC